UGUCGCCUUUGGGACGUCGUUUCAUGAACCGAUAGAUAACUGCGGAAAGCAAUUAUUAAUGCAAUUAGUUAUGGACUUGUGGUUGGCAGGCACGAGUUAGGCGGCAGGAAUUUCUACAAAGAUGGCGCCACGCGCAGGCGCGAAGUGCGGAAGUGAUGCCCUCUUAGCAGUGCGGAGCUCGUCAAGAAAAUGUGGGGUAUCGUUUUGUCUGCUCGUCUGCUGCGAUUUCGACGUAAUGGCACGAGUUUCCUUAAUUCCACGGUGGCAUACACGACCUGCAGGAAAGGCCAGCUGAUAUUCUGCAGAGGAACCCAAUAUUAUAUCUCCAAGUUUACCUGCCCCAUAUCCGUUACUGGAAUAAGGUGUUGCAGCGGUAAUGUACUGGACCGAGCACAGAAGAAAAAAAAUGUGCCACAGGUUCAGUCCGUGGUUACACCGGUUAAGUUCGCACUGGUGGUCGCGGGGAUUACUGGCGCAAAACCAGGACAACAGAAGCGAAAUUGUUUUCAUCCUGGAGUAUCCAACCUGAGUAGAGAAGGUGUCAAUUUUCAGGACAGUCCACCCGUCACUAGCACGGAUAUGAUAAAAGCUAUGCUCGCCUACAUCUGGCCUAAGGACGACCCUGAUAUACGGAAUCGAGUUAAAGUCGCCGUUGGCCUGCUGGUCGGGGCGAAACUCUUGAAUGUCGGUGUGCCAUUUCUUUUCAAGUACGCAGUAGACUUGUUGAAUGCGCAAACGAUGACAGCGACCGGCGAAGCCGCCCUGAAUUUAGCGACAGCCCCUGCGACCCUGGGCACGGCAGGAGUGUCGUUACUCCUUGGAUAUGGCAUCGCUCGGGCUGGUGCUGCCGGCUUCAACGAGCUGCGAAACGCUGUGUUCGCCAAGGUGGCUCAGCACUCCAUUCGCAAGAUAGCGAAAAACGUGUUCCUGCACCUACAUAACCUAGAUUUGGCUUUUCACCUGAGCAGACAGACUGGAGCCCUCUCGAAGACGAUCGACAGAGGAAGUCGAGGGAUUAACUUCGUACUGUCGGCUAUGGUGUUCAACGUGGUGCCCACGAUCUUUGAGUUGGCUUUAGUCAGUUCGAUCCUGGGCCUGAAGUGCGGAGGAGAGUUCGCAGCCAUCGCAGUGGGUUGCGUAAGCGUUUAUACACUGUUUACUCUGGCUGUGACUCAAUGGAGAACCAAAUUUCGUGUUUACAUGAACCAAGCAGAGAACGAAGCUGGGAAUAAGGCGAUCGAUUCUCUGAUCAACUACGAGACGGUGAAGUACUUCAACAACGAAAAAUUCGAAGCCGAAAGAUACGACCAGUCUUUGAAGAAAUACGAAGCUGCUUCCUUGAAGACCAGCACUAGUCUUGCCAUGCUCAAUUUUGGACAACAAGCGAUAUUUAGCGGUGCCUUGAGUUUGAUAAUGAUACUCGCUGCCAGAGAUAUCGUCGCUGGCAACAUGACCGUCGGUGACCUGGUGAUGGUGAAUGCGUUGCUGUUUCAACUCUCGGUGCCCUUAGGGUUUCUGGGAUCUGUAUAUAGAGAAGUGAGACAAGCAUUCAUCGACAUGCAAACCAUGUUUACAUUAAUGACUAUGCCGCCUGCUGUUACGAAUAAGCAGCAUGCCGUUCCAUUCUCCAUAAGCCCGAACAACUCCGAGAUAAAAUUCGAUCACAUUAAUUUUCAAUACGUCGAAGGCAAGAAAAUCUUCGACGACAUGACAUUCACGAUCCCAAGUGGCAAGAAGGUAGCCAUCGUGGGAGGUUCUGGCUCGGGGAAGACGUCUGUGGUGCGAUUGUUGUACCGAUUUUUCGAACCUCAAAGUGGAUGCAUAAGUAUCAACGGUCAGAACAUCGAAGAGGUCGAUUUGGACGACCUGAGACAAUCUAUCGCCAUUGUGCCUCAGGACUCGGUUCUAUUCCACGAGACCAUAUUUUAUAACCUCCAUUACGGGAAUCUACGCAAGCCGAAGGAAGCUGUUUACGAAGCCGCGAGAAUGGCCAAUUUACACGAGUCUAUUCUGAAGUGGCCAAAGGGCUACGACACUCCGGUUGGAGAGCGAGGAUUGAAAUUAAGCGGAGGUGAGAAACAAAGAGUCGCUAUUGCUCGAGCGAUCUUGAAGGGUAGUCCGAUAUUGAUAUUCGACGAAGCCACGUCGUCCCUGGACUCUAUAACGGAACAGAAUAUAUUGGAGGCGCUACGUCGAGCGACGAGCGGCAGGACUUCCAUUGUCAUAGCGCAUCGUCUUUCGACGGUAAUGGACGCUGAUGAGAUUCUGGUCCUGGGAAGUGGGAAAUUGGUGGAAAGAGGAACGCACACCGAGCUUCUGGCGAUGCCGGAUUCGAUGUACAAUAAAUUAUGGGAAGCUCAGCAUGCAGGAGUCACGAAGCACAGCGAGGGACGCGAUAGUAAAAUCAGGACCGGUGGCAGUGCAUAAGACCUGUGAUAAUGGUAACACAUUGUUCGUUAGUAGCCUCGGUUAUAUAUUUUAAACAUGGAACGGAAAUUACUUAGAUUUACGUAGCUGUAAGAUGAAAGUAUUUCGAUACGGAUUAGGGUAAGGAAUCUGAGGACGAUGGAUUUAUUUUUAACGGUACCUUAAAUUAUUCACAUAGUUACACUCCGAGUCAGACUUUGCAAUAAUUUAGCUGGCAUGCAUUGCAAAAAAGUGUAUAUAGACCGUAAAUUGUUAAUGUUGACGCUAACAUUGUUAUUUCGCGGUAAGGCAGUGGCGUUAUUGUAAAUAUGUAGACAUCCUGUUAGUAGCCGAUAAGUUGUACCACGACUGUAGUAUUUUCAAACUACCAAUGUUCAUCGGUGACUCAUCCUACGACUCUAUGGAAGAUGCUGGCAUCCUUCAUCUAUUUUAUGGCAUUAUAACGUUAAAGUACUCGCAAAUAUCGACAUAACUUCCCUCAAGCUGACAAAUUUGAAAGAUACUCUGUACACAUAAUGCUAUGUUUAUGCACCGAAAGGUGACAGUCUUCGGUGAAUACUGCCAAGGCGGCUUGCCAUGAUACAUGUACGAUUCCAAGAAUAAAUGCAGUUGCAAAACAUGA